GGCCAUAGAGGGGCCGGUGGCAGCCUAGAGCGCCGGGGCCGGGCGGGAUGAAGCGCUGCGGGGGCCCGGCGCUCUGGGGCCACCUGCCCUGCGGGCGCUCGGAGCUGCGGCUGGAGCUGGUGCUGCGCUGUGGCCAGGCCUUCCGCUGGAGGGAGCGCAGCCCUGGGCACUGGACCGGGGUCCUGGCGGGCCGGGUGUGGACGCUCAGGCAGACCGAGGAGCAGCUCUGGUACACGGUUCACGAGGAGGAGGAGGAGGAGGAAGGCAGCCGCACAAAGGCCGCGGGGCAGGAGCUGCAGCCCAGGGGAAGAGACGCAGGGGGGAGCCUGCACCCUGAGGCCCCCGCCAUGGAGGCUUCGGGUGGCGCAGACAGCUUUGAAGCCCAGCAGAUCCUCCAUGAUUACUUCCAGCUGGACAUAGGCCUGGCCGGGCUGUACCAGGCCUGGGGCACUGUGGACCCGCACUUCCGGAAAGUGGCUGCCAGUUUCCCAGGUGUCCGCGUGCUGCGCCAGGACCCCGUCGAGUGUCUCUUCUCCUUCCUCUGCACCUCCAAUAACCACCUGGUGCGCAUCACGGGCAUGAUUGAGCGCCUCUGCCGGGCCUUUGGGCGCCGCCUCUGCCAGCUGGAUGCGGAGCCGUACCACGCCUUCCCCUCGCUGCAGGCCCUAGCGGGUGCUGACACUGAGCAACGGCUCCGGGCUCUGGGCUUUGGCUACCGGGCAAAGUUUGUGAGCCAGAGUGCCCAGGCCGUGCUGAGGCAGUUUGGGGCCGAGGGGUUGCACCAGCUGCGCAGCACCCCGUACCCGGAGGCCAGGAGGCUGCUGUGCACCCUGCCCGGCGUGGGGGCCAAGGUGGCAGACUGUGUGUGCCUGAUGGCACUGGACAAGGCGGAGGCGGUGCCUGUGGACACCCACGUGUGGCAGAUCGCCCGGCGGGACUACGGGCUGGAGCUGGGCUCAGGCGCCCGGAGCGUGACGAUGCGUGUGCACAGUGAGCUCGGAGACUUUUUCCGGCAGCUCUGGGGACCCUACGCAGGUUGGGCGCAGGCGGUGAGUAGUCCCCAGGGGCCCCCUGGCCUGCGGAGAGGGGCAGCCCACAAGGACGGAUCCCCCUUCCCACGGCUGGGCGCGCCCUCUCCACCCCCAAGCUCCCCAUCUCUCCCUAUCUCGCAGGUUCUCUUCUGUGCCGAUUUAAAGAUGUUCCAGCAGAACCCCAGCACCAGCGCAAGGACGAAGGGGGGCCCAGCCCGUUGCAGACCCCCCCCUGCCCUGGAAGCAGGGGGGCAGGACUCGGCGUCGCCUGGAGCCACAGGGACUCUGUGCACAGAAGCAGCUCCAGCCCCUUGUGGCCUGACUGGGGCCAGCCGGCAGCGGCCCGGUGGGGAACAGUGCGGCACUGGCCCCUCCCCCCAGGGGGCUGGGCACUGAGCUGAGCUGCACAUGCUGUGCCGCUCCUGGUGCUGGCAGGGGGGCCCAGUGACAGCCUCUCAGGGCUGUGCCUGGCGGGGGGCUGGGUGUAUGGACCGGUCCGUAACGCAGACUAUCAGCAUGCAGAGCAGCUGGAGGGAGGAGGGGGGCUCAGUGCAAACUCAGCCAUGUUGACAGGCCAGGCUGGAGCACCCCCCAGGGCGAAAGGCCAGUGCCGGCCCAGCUUGGCUCAGCACAGCGCCCCCAGGAGGAAGCCGGUGCCAGGCAGAGGCUCCUGCGGCGCAGCUGCCGGCCUUUGAUGAGCGCAGCGGUGGGGAGAGCCCAUGGGAGCCGGGCUUGAGCCCUUCCCUUUGGCCGUAACGCCGGUGCCCUGCUGCAGCGCUGGGUGCCGGGGGGAUGCCCAUAGCUGCUGGGCCUGGCACUGGGAGACGCACACGGCCAGCCUGCAGUGUGGGACCCUGGGGGAGUUUGCCCGGCAGGGUCUGCCAAGGGUUCCCAUGUGCACUCGGCAGGGGGCAUGGAUUCACCCUCCCCCUCAGGUCCCCCACCCAUGUCACAGGCUGGGGGGCCUGGGGCACUGAGCCAGCAGAGCCUUGCCUUGGCCUGGCCACAGCACAAGUGGAGGUGGGGGGAACACCUGCCCCCCGGGAGCUCAGGGCAGCUCCCUCGGCCCCCAGUGAGCAAAGCCACCGCCAAGCUGCAUUCGCUGCUUUCCUUUAAUACAAGCAUCAACGGCGAAA